GCUCCAAUUGCGUUCGAGCACCGCCUGUAGCUGGCAACGCUCAUACCUUCUCAGGUUAUUCAGUCGCUGGAGUUCAAGAGCGGUAAUAACUGUGUUCAGUCGUCGUUGAGUUUCAUUCUUUCAUUCCGAUAAAACAAUGAGGGAGAUCGUUCAUCUGCAAGCUGGCCAGUGCGGCAACCAAAUCGGGGCGAAGUUCUGGGAGGUGAUAAGUGACGAACAUGGCAUCGACCCGUCCGGGACGUACCACGGAGACAGCGACCUGCAGCUGGAGAGAAUCAACGUGUAUUACAACGAGGCCUCAGGCGGCAAGUACGUCCCUCGUGCAGUGCUGGUGGACCUGGAGCCAGGCACAAUGGACUCUGUGAGGUCUGGUCCCUUUGGUCAGAUCUUCAGGCCGGACAACUUUGUCUUUGGCCAGAGCGGAGCAGGUAACAACUGGGCUAAAGGCCACUACACUGAGGGAGCUGAGCUGGUGGACUCGGUCCUGGAUGUGGUGAGAAAAGAGGCAGAGAGCUGCGACUGCCUCCAGGGCUUCCAGCUCACACACUCUCUGGGAGGAGGCACCGGCUCCGGCAUGGGCACGCUGCUCAUCAGCAAGAUCCGAGAGGAAUAUCCAGACCGCAUCAUGAACACGUUCAGUGUGGUGCCCUCACCCAAGGUGUCAGACACGGUGGUGGAGCCUUACAAUGCCACUCUCUCAGUCCACCAGCUGGUUGAGAACACAGAUGAGACCUACUGCAUUGAUAAUGAGGCCCUGUAUGACAUCUGCUUCCGCACACUGAAACUCACCACACCCACCUACGGUGAUCUCAACCACCUCGUCUCAGCCACCAUGAGCGGGGUGACCACCUGCCUGCGCUUCCCCGGCCAGCUCAAUGCAGACUUGAGGAAACUGGCUGUCAACAUGGUGCCCUUCCCCCGGCUGCACUUCUUCAUGCCAGGCUUUGCCCCCCUGACCAGCCGAGGCAGUCAGCAGUACAGGGCAUUGACGGUUCCUGAACUCACCCAGCAGAUGUUCGAUGCUAAGAACAUGAUGGCAGCUUGCGACCCACGCCACGGACGCUACCUCACGGUCGCCGCCAUCUUCAGAGGACGCAUGUCCAUGAAGGAGGUGGACGAGCAGAUGCUGAACGUGCAGAACAAGAACAGCAGCUACUUCGUCGAGUGGAUCCCCAACAACGUCAAGACGGCCGUGUGCGACAUCCCUCCGCGAGGCCUCAAGAUGGCCGCCACUUUCAUCGGCAACAGCACGGCCAUCCAGGAGCUCUUCAAACGCAUCUCCGAGCAGUUCACUGCCAUGUUCCGCCGCAAAGCUUUCCUCCACUGGUACACGGGCGAGGGCAUGGACGAGAUGGAGUUCACAGAAGCUGAGAGCAACAUGAAUGACCUGGUGUCUGAGUACCAGCAGUACCAGGACGCCACUGCUGAGGAGGAGGGAGAAUUUGAGGAGGAGGGCGAAGAGGACGUGGCCUAGUCUGGAGAAGUUCGGGUCCAGUUGUAGCAGGAACUCGGCGACAUCUUUUACCAGCUCAGUGGUGUUGUCAAGUUGAACAAAUGUUCUCUCUCUCUUUAUUGUUCAAAAUACGUUUGUGAUUAAAAAUAAUGUAACACUGGCCACUUCAAGACACUCUUUGCCGAGUUUGACAGGUUCUCUUAGAAUAUCAUUUUUGGCAGAAUUCAAUCAUUUAUUGGACAAAAAAAACAAUUGCACUAGAGCACUGAAAGCGACUGAAGGAGCGUCUAGAACUGGUCACUGCUAUGCAACCGUUAGUGUGCUUGUUCUAGGACGUUGAAACCCAAAGUUUAUAGAGAUUUUAAUAAAGAUGUUUGGACCUGGUA